AUGGAGAAAAAAAUACUUCCACAUCAUAAAUAUAGUUAUAUACCAAAACAAAACAAAAAAUUCAUAUAUGAAUAUUUAUUUAAAGAGGGUGUUAUAGUAGUAGAGAAAGAUGCUAAAAUACCUCGUCAUCCUCAUUUAAAUAUUCCCAAUUUGCAUAUAAUGAUGACAUUAAAAUCAUUGAAGAGCAGAAACUAUGUUGAAGAAAAAUAUAACUGGAAGCACCAAUAUUUUAUAUUAAAUAAUGAAGGAAUUGAAUAUUUAAGAGAAUUUUUACAUUUACCUCCAUCUAUAUUUCCUGCAACUUUAUCAAAAAAAACAGUCAAUAGAGCUCCAAAAAUUGAUGAAGAAAUUACAAGAGAUUUCAGACAACCAAUGGGAAGAGGAAGAGCUUAUGAUAGAAGAGGCUUUGAAUAA